AAUGGCGACGCUGGACAGUGACAGCGAUGAGGACCUGGUCAGCUACGGGAGGGGCCUGGAGCCGCUGGAAGAAGGUGAAAGACCAAAAAAACCAAUUCCUCUCCAGGAUCAGACUGUCAGAGAUGAAAAAGGAAGGUAUAAACGAUUUCAUGGAGCCUUUAGUGGAGGUUUCUCUGCUGGGUACUUCAACACUGUUGGCUCAAAAGAAGGAUGGACACCCUCCACCUUUGUAUCUUCACGACAGAAUAGAGCAGAAAAAUCUGUUCUUGGUCCUGAAGACUUUAUGGAUGAGGAGGAUCUUAGUGAAUUUGGGAUAGCACCCAAAGCAAUUGUUACCACAGACGAUUUUGCUUCCAAAACCAAAGACAGAAUACGAGAAAAGGCCAGGCAGUUGGCAGCUGCUACUGCCCCCAUUCCUGGAGCCACUCUGCUUGAUGACCUCAUAUCACCAGCAAAAUUAUCUGUUGGUUUUGAAUUGCUAAGAAAGAUGGGGUGGAAGGAAGGGCAAGGAGUUGGUCCUCGAGUGAAGAGAAGGCCACGCCGACAAAAACCUGAUCCUGGAGUAAAAAUCUAUGGCUGCGCAUUACCCCCUGGAGGUUCUGAAGGCUCUGAGGAUGAAGAUGAUGACUACGUACCUGAUAACGUGACCUUUGCACCCAAAGAUGUUACACCUGUGGAUUUUACACCCAAAGAUAAUGUACAUGGAUUGGCUUAUAAGGGCCUGGAUCCCCACCAAGCACUGUUUGGAACUUCAGGAGAACAUUUUAAUCUUUUCGGUGAGGGAUCUGAAAGGGCCAGCAAUCUUAUUGGAGAUGUGGGACUGAAUAAAGGAAGAAAAUUGGGAAUUUCAGGCCAGGCUUUUGGUGUAGGUGCCCUGGAAGAGGAAGAUGAUGAUAUCUAUGCCACAGAAACUCUAUCCAAGUAUGACACCAUUUUGAAGGAUGAGGAGCCUGGAGAUGGACUAUAUGGCUGGACAGCGCCCAGGCAGUAUAAAACCCAGAAAGAACCAGAGAAAGAUCUUCGAUACAUUGGCAAAAUUUUGGAUGGAUUUUCCUUGGCUUCUAAACCUUUAUCUUCCAAGAAAGUAUAUCCACCACCUGAAUUGCCAAGACACUAUCGACCAGUGCAUUAUUUCAGGCCAGUGGUAGCUGCAACCUCAGACAACUCCCACUUAAUUCAGGUAUUAUCAGAGUCAGCUGGAAAGGCAAUGCAUGACUCAGAGACACAUAGUAGGCACCAACUGAAUGCCUCCAAGCGUGGGGAGCUGCUUGGAGAGACGCCUAUCCAAGGUUCAGCUACUUCAGUUUUAGAGUUUCUGUCCCAAAAAGAUAAAGAGAGAAUCAAAGAAAUGAAACAGGCAACUGAACUUAAAGCUGCUCAACUCAAGGCCAGCAGUCUGGCCCAGAAUGCCCUGAGCAGCAGAUCCCAGUCCUCCUCUCCAGAUGUUGGACACUGCUCUUGGCACAUGGCACUGGGUGGCAGGACAGCCACCACAGGAACCAGCAAGUUCAAACCUUUUUCAAAAGACCCAGAAAAGCAAAAACGAUAUGAAGAGUUCUUAGCAAAUAUGAAACAGGGACAGAAAGAUGCUCUGGAAAGUUGUCUGGAUCCCAGUAUGACCGAGUGGGAGCGAGGCCGCGAGCGGGAUGAGUUUUCUCGAGCAGCCAUGCUGUAUGUGUCUUCCCAUUCAACCCUGUCCUCCAGGUUCACUCAUGCCAAGGAGGAAGAUGAUACGGACCAAGUCGAAGUUCCUCGAGACCAAGAGAAUGAUGUCAAUGACAAGCAGUCAGCUGUGAAGAUGAAGAUGUUUGGGAAGCUUACCCGGGACACGUUUGAGUGGCACCCUGACAAGAUUCUGUGUAAGAGGUUUAAUGUUCCUGACCCUUAUCCAGAUUCAACUUUAGUUGGAUUACCAAGAGUGAAACGUGACAAAUACUCAGUCUUCAACUUUCUGACACUACCAGAGACAGCUUCCUUGCCUGCAACUCAAACAUCAAGUGAAAAAAUAAAGCAGCACCGAGGUCUUGACAAAUCAAGAAAACCUUCCAGGUGGGACACAUCUAAACAAGAAAAGAAAGAAGAUUCCAUUAGUGAAUUUUUAAGUUUGGCUAGAUCAAAAGUUGGUGCACCUAAACGAGAGUCCAGUCCUUUGAUUAACAAACAGGAGGAGCAUGUAACAGAAUCACCCUCAAAUAAGAUGGUAAACAAAGGUGCGGAUUCACAGACUGAGGGAGAAGAAGGUCUUAGCCGCCCAUCCAUGGACUUAUUCAAGGCCAUCUUUGCCAGCUCCUCAGAUGAAAAGUCCUCGUCCUCCGAUGAUGAGCAAGGCGACAGUGAGGAUGAUCAGGCGGGCGACAGGGAGACCAACUGCAAAAGUUCCCAAGAGACUGAGCUGGCGGAAACACCAGCAGUGGCACACACUAUUGAGCCAACACCCCAGGAGCCUGCACCUUCCUUCCCAAUACAGAAGAUGCAGAUGGAUGAAAGAGAAGAGUUCGGCCCACGGCUGCCUCCUGUCUUCUGCCUCAAUGCUCGUCAGAAACCUGAGGCACCUCAAAAGGAGAAGCAUAAAAAGAACAAAGAAAAACACAAGGCCAAGAAAGAUCAUAAACGAAAGAAAGAGAAGAAGAAGAAACACAAGAAGCACAAACACAAAGGCAAACAAAAGAAUAAAAAAUCAGAAAAAAGUAGUAGUUCAGAGAGUACUGACAGCAGUGACAGCCAAAGUGAUGGAGAAGGGCCCGGAAACAUGUCACCUGAGGAGCUGCUGAGACGGCUGAAACGUGUUCCAGUAAUGAGGCAGUAAUUGGAUUCUGCCCUGGCUGUCCCAAUACCAGAUCUCCUCCAUGAUGGAAGAUCACUGAUUGACUGUAUUUACGUGUAAAUUCAUGUUGUAAAAUAACUUUUAAAACCUUGGCAUUUCAAAGGCUGCUUUGGAAGGUUGCAGGAAUUGAUUCCUAUUUUUGACUUCAGUUAGUGACUGAGGAAAAAAUUCAAAUGUACAGUUUAAUUAAAGUGGAAUUUUUCUA